GGGGUGUUUACACUAGUCUUUCGUAGACGGGUCAGAUCCGGUCGAGGUGGUACGAAGUGAAGAAAAAAAAAGGGCAUGAUACAAAAAAUCCGUUUCUUUUUCUUCUUCUCUCUUCCCCCACACACAAACACAAAGAGGCAAGAACAACAACAAAGAAAAACAAACGCACCCUUCUCUUUCUCUCUUUCUCUCUCGCUCUCUCCUCAUUGUUCUUCUUCUAGUACGCAGGCUGCAAGCUGUCUGGAAUGCCUUCGAUUGUGAACCAGCGCUAUGAUUUGGUUACUCCAGAGCGUUCGAUGCCAUCCAGUCCGACCCUUUCGGCCGCCACGGUGACACAUACGAUCGCUACUUCUCGACAUCAACAUCUCAAAGAUCAGCAACAACAAUCACAGCAGCAGCAGCAACAACAGCAACAACAACAACAACAACAACAGCAGCAGCAGCAGUUGCAGGCCACACCUGUCGAUCUUUCCGAACUGACUAGACGAUUGCACAAGGCCGCCCAGCGUUCUUCAUGGUCUGCAUCGCCAUCACCACGGCCGCGUUCCCAGCUCUAUCAGUCUUCCAAGCCACCUUCUCCUUCUGCUUCGUCGUCCACCUCAUCUAAUUCCUCGUCCUCAUUCCGAUUCCUGCCUGCGGCUGCCAACUCGACAUCGACACCUGCACCCAAACGUCCAGCUCUACCGCAGCUACCGCAGCAGCAACAAGCUGGCACUUCCUCUUCUAACCCCCGGCCCACGUUGGUGCAUCGUCCAGCCAGUGCCACGACCCCGUCCCAAUUUGUUUUCAAGAAACCCGAGUACAACCAGCAUUAUCACCAAACGCAUUUUCAUCAUCAUCAUCCACUCAACGAACCAAACGGCAACGCGAGCACUACCAACGGCGGCAGCAGCAGCGGCCAAAAGGAUUUGUUCUUGGUCUGGUCUGAUCUGCGACGUUUCUUUGUCUCCGCCGAUUCAUCUCCGCCAUCUUCCGCUGCUGCCUCUGUGAAUGAGGAUUUCCCUAUCUCUACGAAUACGGAUACCAACACCACCACCACCACUACUAAUAAUAAUAAUAAUAAUAACAAUAACGUCAUUUCUACCACUACUGCCAUUACUCCUACUGCCACCACCACGCCGGCUAAACAUUCCGACACCACUUUCGCAAACCAGUUUCGACAAGACAUUGAGGGACGCUAUGGAAAGUGGGGCCGAUACAUCGGAAAGGGUGCGGGUGGCUCUGUACGCUUGAUAAGACGGUCGACGGACGGCAAGACAUUUGCUGUGAAGCGGUUUCGCAAGCAAUUGCCGCACGAGAGCGACAAGGAUUACAUCAAAAAGGUGACGGCCGAGUUCUGCAUUGGGUCGACACUGCAUCACGCCAACGUCAUUGAGACUCUGGACAUUAUCCAAGAAGGAAACCUGUUUUACGAAAUCAUGGAGUAUGCGCCCAACGAUCUGUUCAACGUGGUCAUGAGUGGCAUGAUGUCGCGCGAAGAAGUGGCCUGCUGCUGGCGGCAGCUCUUGCAAGGCCUCGAGUACCUGCACGGCAUGGGGAUCGCCCAUCGCGACCUAAAGUUAGAUAACCUUGUACUCGACCACAUGGGCAUCCUGAAGAUUAUUGACUUUGGAUGCUCAUGUGUCUUUAAAUACCCCUUUGAGAAGAAUAUCACGCGGUGCAAAGGCGUCUAUGGCUCGGAUCCAUACAUUGCGCCGGAGCUCUAUACCCAACCUACAUACGACCCUCAGCAGUCGGAUGUAUGGUCAUGCGGCAUCAUCUUCAUUUGCAUGACAAUCCGUCGCUUCCCCUGGCGCAACCCACGUCUGGCUGAUCCGUCGUUUCGCGCAUAUGCGACCAACCAGAACCACCAGCAACUGCGUCUGUUGAAGCUGCUGCCACGCGAGGCCAGACCCGUCAUGGCAACUAUCAUGGACAUGGAUCCGCUGCGGCGUGGCACUCUGAAAAGCGUUCUUCAGGACAAGUGGGUGCAGGGCAUCGACAUGUGUACCGUGGAAGAGCCCGGUGCGCGACAUGUACACCACGUCCUGUCGAUGCCGCCUGCUCAUCAGCAAGAAAGGGGCAACCUCGUCCCAGUGAUGCCAGAGCCACCUGGCGUUGCAGCCGCCAAAGAAAAGCGCCGUCAACAACAGCAACAGCAACAACAACAACAACAACAACAACAACAGCAUUACCAAGUACCUCCUCCACCACCCUCGCCACGCAAAGCGUCUUACUAAAAGUAAUAAUUUCAUCUUCAUUGUUCGCCUCUCAUCCCACCAAAAAAGAGACACCUUGCUUGCUUUUCCUAUCUUCUUCUCCUUUCACUGUAUAUCCUUCUUACCUUGCAUACCAUACCACGUUUCAUUCAUCCUCUUCAUCCCAUCUUCUUUACUCUGCAACUCCUCAAUCUAAAAGCAGCAUGUGUGUCAAAAGAAACAAAUACUACAAACAAACAAACAACCAACCAAAAGAAGAGUUCCUCGAUAAGGAAGCAACAG